CCAACCACACCAAUCGUGCUCGCGAGCCCAACUCUAGCUGGAGUUUGUUAGACUGUCCGCAACGCUUCACCCUACACCUCCCCUACCCUAUUACUGUGCAUCCUAUAGCGGCUACAGUGUUCCCCUACCUCCCGCAGCGGCGAGCGCCACCCUCUCCCCUACCUCGCCGCACUCUUCUCUCUCACGCCACAUGCAGGGGAUGACUGUAGCCGCCCCCUCGCCUUCUUCGCGCGGACGGAGCCGACCGCGGAAGACAACGGAAACUUCCCGCUCCACCUCGCUUCGCCUCGAAUCGUCCGCGGAAGAGAGAUUUUGCGCGGCGACGCGGCGGCGGAUCUCCCGUCGGGCUGUGGAGUCGGCCCCGGCCCCGCUCAGUUGCGCAGAAGACGAACUCGACUUCGUCUCCACGCAGUUCCGUUCGCGACCGAAGACAAAGUGGGGUCAAAUCCGCUUCGCACGAGGUACCCCGCUUCCGAUUCGUUGCCUUCCGUAUCCGACCUUGGACGGCUCCAUCAGAUCCACACGGAGACGCUACGAUUCGGCGUGGUGCGGCCGAGAUCUCCCCUUCUUAAGAAUGGACCCAUCAAACAAUGCGACUUCUUCUCAGUCCAUGUCAAACUCAUCUAUUGGCCAGCAGUUUGUUCCUCCACCCCCUAUGUGGCCCACGGCUUACAUGCAGCAGAGUGCUAUGGAUUGUAACCUCGUGGGAAAUCUGAAUUUUCCAAACCCUGCUCAAGGUCCGACAACAUUGUGGGCACCCAUGCAUACAGGGAAUACUUCUUCCCAAUCUUCCAUGAUUCCGGCCUCUCAAUCAGCUAUGUACUGGAAUCAUUAUUUGAAUUUUGUGAGGAAUCCUCUUGGGCCACCAGAAGUAAACUCAUUUCCUGAUUGCAUUCCACCAUUCAAUACCAGUACACCAUUGCAGGGUUCGAAUAAUAUACCUUCCAUACCUGUGAAUUUGGACUCAGAUGCAGAACAUAGUGUUCAAGACAUCAAUAGUCCUGAAAAGAAUGCACCUCCAAUACAAAAACCCAAAAAGGCUAAGGAACAAAACUUUACUAGCCCUGAAGAUCUUCUACUUUGCACAACGUGGUUGCAAAUUAGCAGUGACCCUGUUGUGCACACUGGCCAACGUAGGGAGGGCCUUUGGGCUAGAAUUGAAAAAAGAUACAACGAACAGAGGGGGAACUUUCCUUGCCGAGUGAACAGAGCGCUUAGCAGCAGAUGGGAUAAGAUAAGAGCAGAUGUAAGUAAGUUUGCUGGAUACUAUUCAAGAGUUCUUAGAGAGAAACAAAGUGGGUUAACUGAUGACGACAAGACUUCGAAGGCCGCAACAUUAUUUGCACACGAGGAGAACAAAAAUUUCCAGUACAUGCAUUGCUGGCACCAACUAAAGGGAGAACCGAAAUGGGAGAGCAUUUGUAGUGCCCAAUCGUUCCGCGGAUUGAAUGCAAAUCCAGUUGGGUCAACAGGUACUCCGUCUGCUCCGACAACUGAAAAUGAUAGUUCAUCAGCAGGGUUGACAGGAAAACGGCCGCGUGGUCGUGAUUUCAGUAAAUCAGAGAGAAACAAACCUGCAUCAUCUUCAUCUCCAGAGUACCUUAGCCGUUUGCAAGAAAUAACUGAAAAACAAAUUCAGAGGUCCAUUGAAAAGGGUGCAAAAAAAGAGAAGUGCACAGAAGAAGACAGGGAAAUGGAGAAAAAGAGGUUAGAAUUGGAAGCCAAAAAGGUCAUCAUACGAAAAAGGGAAUUGAAACUUCAAGAACUAGAAUCUGCUGAAAAAAGAUUAGAAAGGCUGGAGGCAACGAAUGAAGAAGAUGUCCAACCCCAUGUUUGGAUUAUGAUACAGAAACAAAAACAGAAGUUGCAAGAAUUCAUAUUUGGUUACGAGUGAAACAUUUAUUCGGUUACUGGUAACUUGAACUUGUUUUACUGAACCUGUUUGUAUUAUUUGUUUAUGUGAGAACGUUACAUUUGUUUGGCAGACCAUUAUAAUAUUUGUACGAACCAUAAGUCGUCAAGGACAGUCGUGCAGUGCUGUUUGUUCUAUGGUGGUGUAAUCGACAAUAAUUAUUUCCAGUUCAUGUGAACAUGUUUGCUUCAAUUUUCAUA